CUGGAAUGCCUGGCAAGGGUUUAUAUCCCCUUCUUUUUCUCGAAGUCAACAGGACUUAGAUUUAAGACUAGGCAUCCAGGCACAACUUGGGCUAUCCCAAUGAGCCAUGCUGGUAUCUCUGAAGGAACUAUGCAGGGGGCAGCUGUAGCAACAUUGACACCGUCCAUGAAAGGGCUACAUGAACGAGCAGGCUUGUAUCAAGGGAUGGAUGGCUUCCGCCUGGGAGUAGCUCCUGGUAGCAUAUGGCCAGAAUUGGUACCUGUGUAUUCGGGAGUCCCAGGGUUGGGAGCAAGGACAGUAGUGAACCAACCGCGAGACAUUGAAGGUGCUAUGGAGGCUGAUAGGAAAGAAGGGUUGACUCAAGAUUUGGGCAUGAGCAAGAGGGAGAUGGAACUCAUGGUGGAGGUGCGCAACCUUCGAGAGUUGGUAUGGUCUUCUGAACGGGCGUUAGAGGAGAGUGAAGUAAGGAGGAAAGAGAUUGCUGCAAAAAACAUGAUCCUUGAAGAAAGACUGUGUACUGCUGAUGCCAGAGAGUCCUUUCUGAACAACAAGGUAGCGGAUUUGCAAGCGCGGGAGGCAAAACUUUCUGAAGAUGCAAAACACUUGGAACAGAAGCUGAAAGAAGGCGCCAAUGAUCUUGAAUUUUACAGAAGGCAGCAUCGAGAAAAUGAGGAGAAGGUGUACAGCCUUGAGCUGAAGAAUCGGCGGCUUGAAGAGGAACUGGAAGUUCUUCAGAGGAAGUUGGACGACAUCAUCAAUUCUGAUAAAGAGGAGAAAAAGAAGAUGGAAGCAGAGCUGCACUCAUUACGGAUGCUACCUGCCGCCGUUGAAACUCUGAGACGCGAGAACAGUAACUGCAAGACAAAAUUGCACAAAACAGAGAAUGAAGUCAUGCAGCUGAAGGAUUAUGUUGCAACCCUCAAGCAUGAAAUUCAGGAUCUGGAAAAAGGUCGCAGGCUCUCAUCUGCUGAUAAUGAUAACCUGAGGAAGGAGUCAAACAUGCUGAAGCUUCAAGUCACAUCGAAGGAUGCCACCAUAUCCCAGCUGCAAACAUCCCUAGCAAACUGUAAGGAUGAUAAUGUCCAGCUUGCACAACAGCUCAGGAGACUUGAGCAUGCAGCUUUCCAUUUUAAAUCAAGCCCUGCUCCUCGGACGGCGGGUUCGGGUAGCCCUUUGGGUGGAGCAUUUAGCAGUGCACCUUGGGCUGGUGAGAUGAUAUCAUCACCACCAGCACAGGACUUAAGGGCAAUGCCAUCUCGUGCGCGUGGAAUGGAAACAUCAUUUGAUCUAUUCACUGGAGGCCCUUACAUUCAGCGGAAUUUCUCACCUAGGCAAGACGAUGCUGAAUUAGGUGGAUUCAAUGGCGGCAACAGGCGAUGGCGCCCACCAGUGCUUGAUGGGGAGCAACCAUCUUCUCGAGGAAAGGACAGCGAACUAUGGGAAUUACAUGAGGCACCAAGGGUUGCCCGAAGGCAUUCAACACCAGGGUAUCUUGAGCGAGAUCCCAUGCCACCAGCAGAUGUUGAACCUAGUCGCCCUGCACGGUGGAGUACCUCCAACAUUGAGAAGCCAAUUUCUAUGCAAGAUGAUUGGGAAAGGCCUGGUUCAGAUUUACAAGGUACUGGGAACCCCAAAGGACAAAAGACGUCACAUGGUGAGGGCGCUCUGGAAAGGAAUGGAGGGGAGUUAAGAUCUGAUGCACAGAAGAGGGAUCUCAACUGUUGGGGAAGGUCGGAGGGUGGGUCCGGAUUUGCGGAGGGACAGCAACGGCAAUUUCCGACGCUCCAGCUGAGGGAGAGCGACAAUGCGGUUGCAAGGGCGGCGAAAGGUGAAGGAGAUGUGGCUGCAGGCUCACCCUUAGGGUCGAAUACAUCUUCACCAAGAACGUCUGCCGCAGCAGGACUUCCCAGCAGCCCUCACGGAGACAACAGGACAAUGAAUCUUAUCUUUGGGGGAAGUGAGGGAGGAGGAGGACAGCGAACACGGUUUGCUGGUGCGGAUGCAGGUGUGGAGGGUGGACCGGCGGGGAAGGUGGCAGGUGGAUUGGCGGGAAAGGUGGCAGAGAGUCCAAGAAGUACGGAAGCUGUAGGGCGGGGAAGAGCCCCAGGGACACGCCAUCCAUCGUAUACCUCUGAGAAAGAAGUGCAAGAGAAACUCCAACAGUCCUGUGGCCUGGAGCUUCAGCUAAGCAACAUGUGCAUGGAAAGACAGAAGCUGGAGUCAGAGCUGGUGAAGCUCCCUCAAUCUGCUGGCCGAACAAUGAGCGAGAGGAAGAAGAAGAUGUUUCUAGAGAAUCGGUUGGAGGAACUGAACAAGGAGAUUGGAAGAUUGAGGAUGAAGUUGCGGGAGAUGAACGUCUUUCACUGAAGUUGCAGAGGGACAGCUUUAUUGCGAG